UUGGAAUGUGAGGGCGACGCGUUAUUAAACGUAUCGGUCUCAGUAUUUAAAGUAUUUUAAUUUAAUGUAAGCGGCGUCGCGCUUGUCCGACAGUGUGAGAAAGAUGUCCUCUGCCGACAGCGCUGAGAAUGCGCGCGGCUCGGGGCAGCUGAAUCGCUUCGAGAAGCUGUCGGGGAGGCCUCCUCUGAGAGCCACAGGCUCUAAGAAGAAGGUUCGGUGGCUGCAGGCUCGACGCAUCUUCGUCCACCCUUGCCCCAGCCUGCGGAUCCCUCACAGGUUUUUGAGAGAAGGUCACCGUACUCCCCCAGCUCGAAGUGGACACCGGUGCGUGGCAGACAGUGCCAACCUGUACGUAUUUGGAGGGUACAACCCAGAUUACGACGAGUCGGGGGGCUCAGAAAAUGAGGACUAUCCUCUGUUCCGGGAGCUGUGGCGGUACCACUUUGCCACUGGAACCUGGCAGCAAAUUCGUACAGAAGGUUAUAUGCCCACUGAGCUGGCCUCCAUGUCAGCUGUUCUACAUGGAAACAACUUGCUAGUGUUUGGUGGCACUGGGAUCCCAUUUGGGGAGAACAACGGCAACGAUGUCCACGUCUGCAAUGUCAAGUAUAAACGUUGGUCCCUGCUUAACUGUCGGGGGAAGAAGCCCAACAGAAUUUAUGGACAGGCAAUGGUCAUCAUCAACGGCUACCUGUAUGUGUUUGGUGGAACUACGGGUUACAUCUACAGCACAGACCUGCACAGGCUGGACCUCACCACCCGAGAGUGGACCCACCUCAAACCCACCAAUCCUCCUGAUGACCUCCCUGAGGAGAGGUACAGGCAUGAAAUAGCACAUGAUGGGCAAAGGAUAUACAUACUGGGAGGUGGAACCUCUUGGACUUCCUACCCUUUAGAUAAGAUACAUGCAUACAACCUGGAGACUAAUUCGUGGGAGGAAAUCAUCACCAAACCACACGAAAAAAUAGGGUAUCCAGCUGCAAGGAGGUGCCAUAGCUGUGUACAGAUUAAGAAUGAUGUAUUUGUGUGCGGUGGCUAUAAUGGGGAGCUGAUUCUGGCUGACUUGUGGAAGGUCAACUUGCAGACAUUCCAGUGGACAAAGUUGCCAGCAGUUAUGCCUGAGCCUGCCUACUUCCACUGCGCAGCUGUGACGCCGGCGGGCUGUAUGUACGUCCACGGUGGUGUGGUGAACAUCCACGAGAACAAGCGGACUGGCUCCCUUUUCAGGAUCUGGCUAGUGGUACCCAGUCUGCUGGAACUGUGUUGGGAGAAACUGCUCAAGAGCUUCCCCCACCUGGCUCACCUCUCAGCUGUGCAGUUGCUCCACCUGGGCCUCACACAGGAGCUCAUCGAGCGACUUAAAUAGGGGCAAACCAUAACUUUUGGGUUUAGGUGGAUCACCCAGGACUGCGCCAUCAGAACGGGCAUGGAGCACAGGACUUCUGGGAGAACUCUUUGAAAUCCCUCCAUUGUAGCCCGCCUUAAAACCAAAUCUUUGGAUGCCUUUAUUUUAGCUUUUUUAAAAAUGGUUUUUAAGCCAAGUGGAAUGUUUAGUCCUUCCUCUAUUGAGAAAGAUUCGCCACAGUCCUGCCCCUCGCUACCCCUUAAGUGCUGAAGACAUUGAGCCCAAGGCAGAGAUCUCUGAGGCUGGUUGUUGGUGUGUCUAGAAGUGUGUAGCAUGGGCUGAGUAGUUGAUUUCACUCUUACACAUCCUUUCUCCACCUCCUCUGCACACUUGCCUUUUAUCACCUCUAUUUGUGAAUCAUGCUCUCCACUAUGAAUUUAUGGUACAUGAAAAUGUUUUCAUCUUACCUGUGUCCAUUACUUUAUAUGGAUCCAUACUGUAACUGUAGCAGUUCUCAUUUUUAUUCUUUUUCCCUUCCUCCCUAACUUGAGAGGAUUGCAGAUUUGGUGCUGAUCCCUGGCUGUCUUAUUUAAAGAUGGGUUGCAGUUUCUCUUUUUUAAUACCUAGUAAAGACACAGAUGGGUCAGCCUUCAGCAAAUGUCAGUCAUCUCACAGGGCGUUGUCUUACCCAUCCUUAUUUUGUUACCUGUAGCCGUUUCACCAAAUGUUACAUCUUAAGCUCCUUAAAACAUUUAAAUAAAAUAUCUGCCCUUAAGUCUUAAA